AUGGCGCCUCGCUGGGAAGCCGCUCUGGUGCUGCUGCUCCUUCUCGUCCUGCCGCCGGCCAGCGCGGGGCUGAGCGGCUACUUCGGCACCAAGUCCCGCUACGAGGAGGUGAACCCGCACCUGGUGAGCGACCCGCUGUCGCUGGGUCCCGGGGCGGGCGGGUCGCUGCCCUCCUCCUGCACUCCGCUGCAGCUCCGCGCCGUGCUCCGGCACGGCACCCGCUACCCCACGGCCGGGCAGGUCCGCCGGCUGGGCGAGCUGCACUCCCGGCUGCUCCGCCGGGCCGCGGGAGCCGCCGCCUGCCCCGCCGCCGCCGCGCUGGCCGACUGGCCCAUGUGGUACGAGGAGAGCCUGGACGGGCGGCUGGCGCCGCAGGGCCGGCGCGACAUGGAGCAGCUGGCCCGGCGCAUGGCCGCCCGCUUCCCCGCGCUCUUCGCCGCCCGCCGCCGCCUGGCGCUGGCCAGCAGCUCCAAGCACCGCUGCCUGCAGAGCGGGGCCGCUUUCCGCCGCGGGCUCGGGCCCUCCCUCGACUUCGGCGGCGACGAGGUGGAAGUUGAGGUUAACGACUCCCUGAUGCGGUUCUUUGAUCACUGUGCCAAGUUUGUAGCCCUGGUGGAGGACAAUGACGCGGCCAUGUGCCAGGUGAACGCCUUCAAAGAGGGGCCUGAGAUGAAGAAGGUCCUGGAGAAGGUGGCCAGUGCUUUGUGUUUGCCAGUGGAGGACCUAAAUGCAGAUCUUGUUCAAGUGGCUUUUCUCACCUGCUCGUACGAGCUGGCCAUAAAAAAUGUGACCUCCCCGUGGUGUUCACUCUUCAGCGAAGAAGAUGCCAAGGUACUGGAAUAUCUGAACGACCUGAAGCAAUACUGGAAGAGAGGAUAUGGCUACGACAUCAACAGUCGCUCCAGCUGCAUUUUAUUCCAGGAUAUCUUCCAGCACUUGGACAAAGCAGUGGAAGAGAGCAAAAGCUCCAAACCCAUUUCUUCUCCUUUGAUUGUCCAAGUUGGGCACGCAGAGACCCUCCAGCCCCUGCUUGCCCUGAUGGGUUACUUCAAAGAUGACGAGCCUCUCCUGGCCAGCAACUACGCCCGGCACGCGGAGCGGAAAUUCCGCAGUGGCCGCAUCGUGCCUUACGCAGCCAACCUGGUGUUCGUGCUCUACCACUGCGACCAUGUGAACGCCUCCCAGGAGGAGUACCAGGUGCAGCUGCUGCUCAACGAGAAACUGCUGUCCUUCCAUCACUCCAACGAGACCACCUCCACCUACAUGGACCUCAAGCACUACUACAAGGACCUCCUGGAGAACUGCCACUUCAAAGAGGAGUGCGAAUUGCCCAAAGUCAAUGUCACUGCUGUGGAUGAGCUGUGAGGGAAUGAAACGGUCAAACUGGUCUGGGUUCAGUUCCACAGGCAUUGGGAACAAGCACUUUGGAUGAUUUGCUGCUGCUGUGUAGACUUUCUAACCUUGCAGAUUUGGGGGGGUUGUCUCAGCUCAGUGCACUGGUUCUCUGUUGCGUAAGCAGAGCUGCAUAAACAACUGCUGUAAUGGGGAAGUUGUAACAAAUGUGUGAUGCAAGACAAAUACCUGUGUUUAUGUGUGCAAAUAAGCUGAUUUCAUUGGUCACUGCUGUUAUGAACAGGCCAUAGACAGAUUUAAGAGCUGGGGCAGCUUCUAUUUUAUAAGAUGUGAAGGUAGUUGGACUGAUUCAGUGUUGCUUUGUGCUGCCUAUGUUUCUAGCUGCUGUUCUUCCUGUGCCACGCAUGAAAUAUUUCGAACUUUUUUUUUGAUCCUUUUCCCAAGCUUCUAGAAGGGAGAGGGUACAUAGUUCUUCUCCACAGCUGCACAACUUCUGCCUGGACAGCACCAUUUCUAUUUUGGGCAUUUUAAAUCGGGAGUUCCUGCAUGCAUCACCUGCUUGAAAAGGGGCAAGGAAUUAAAAGUCUUAAGGUCAUCCUUGACCCAUCCUGCAUAGCGAGAUAGUCUCCAGGGUAAGUAAAUUAUCCUUAAAAAGAAGUAGGAAAAAAAAAGUGAGGGAGUGGAAAUUAGCCACUCUUCCUUUAAAGUGCUCUGGGACAUGCAGCAGUUUUUCUCUAAAUACUCUGGAGUGUCCUUUCACUAACACCAUUCAUUUCUGGUGUUAUUUGGGCCAGGGCAUUCAGGUUAGGCUGUGCCAUGGCUCUGAGUCCCUUGGUCCUGGCCAGGUGCUGACAGUUUUCCUACCAGGUCUGGCUGGAAAGCACCUCUGAUGUCUCCAGCCUCCUGUUUGAAAUGGCAUUUGUUGCUAACUCUAAAUCCAGGUUUUUGAACUGUGUAAAGAUUGGGCUGAGGAUUGACUUCUGCUAACUUUAAGGCAUAAAACAAGCUGCCACUUACGUAGGCCUUACACAUUUGAUGUGCCACCUUGCUUUUGAAAUGCAGCUGGUUUUAAAGAGGUGAAUGGCAUAGAAGAACUGGUAAUAUGUUAAAGCAACUGCACUUUAAGUAGGUUCCCUUAUGCCUGAAGGCUGGGAAGUAUUUUAGAGCUCUGCAGUGUGACAGUAAAAGGAAAACUGAAGAUAAGUGAUGAGAAAUGUCUGAAUCAAGUCAAAGAUUCCUUCAUCACCUGCAAGGCAAUGACUGUUUGACCAAGUUGCCCCAAAGCAAAUUAAGGUAUGGAUUUAUGGUGCUGGUAGCUCUUGAAGUGUGCACUUUCACCAUCUAAUGAGCAUUCAGAGCUCACCCUGUCAAGUGGGGUUUGUGUUGCUGUGUUUCCUGGGAGGAAGACUGGGAGUAAGUGAUUGCUGCAGCACAGCCUGCAGCAGUUCAGGGUAUAAAUGUCUAUAGUGAACCUGCUAAGUCCUUUCUGUAGGCUCACCCCACGGACUGGGGACUUAGCUGCUGCAAAAACAGAUGCAGAAAAAAGAAAGCUAAACUCCAAGUUGACAAGUUACACUUGGUGUAUGUUUUUAUAAAAAUUUUUUCUUGAGGACUCAGCCUUUUGUCACUUUUUUCUUAAUAUACCUUAUAUAAAAGCAGUUCAUGUUUACAUACCUGUAAGUUAAGGAGCAAUUGAACACCUGGGUUUUGCUUUUGUUCUCUGAGUUAAGGGCAUUUCCCUGCCUGUGGUUGAAGGGCCCUGUUUGAUUAGUGCACCACUUGCUGCAGAGACCAAGAGAUCACUGAAGAUACUGGUUCAAAUAUUGCAGCACGUGCCUGUGUUAAAUCCACAGCUCUUUUUGAAGCUGGGGAAAUGGCUAGGGAGGAGUACAGUGCUGCAACAAGCAGAGGAAUAUAGGUCAGGAUAAUUGUCAGCCCUUGCAUAUGAGUACUGCUCAAUCACCUUUGCAUGUCUCCUUUUUCACAUGAUCCUACCUUGGGACUAAGUCAACUGAUGGAAGUGGUUGUGACAGAUCCCAGUUAGGAACUUUGUUGCAACAUUUGAGUCAGGCUACAAAGAAAUAAGCCUUUGUUUAAUGGCAGUUAAGUUUGGAAAGAGCAGAUAGGAGAGUGAGAAAAUCCGCCUUUGAACAAAUAUUUUCUGUGAGUCAGUGAUGAUUCAUGAACAAAAGACAUGAAAGCCUGACUAUGGGAGAUGAAUGGAGGAUUCUGUUGUCAGUUCAGCAAGACUGCUUUUAAGACAUCACAUUUGUUAAAAGAUACAUCCUUCUUCCUUAUGGAGGGAGGAAUCCAUUGCACUUGACUGCUUUUUUUGAUUGUGUGCCAGAUGAGGUGCAGGAACCAAAAAACUCCUAUUAUGGAGUAUCCUUUGUGCAUUAGCAGGUUCAUUGUGUGUUUAAAUUCUGUGGGUGAUGCCUCAGAGGCUGUUCCCUGUUUCACCUUGGAGCCCAGGUCCAUCGUACCUCCACAAGUAUCUCUUUAGUGGCUGCCAGCAAUUAAGUGGAGAGGAAAAUGUGCUGUCGGUGCUCUGUGUUUUGAGGAUGCUCUUGACUCACUCCUCUGGCAAAAUUAGAGGCUUAGUGUUGAAACUUUGCACCAUUGUGGCACUGUAGAAGUGUUGGGAAAUGUAAAUACUCCAGGCACUUAUUCUGGUUCUUAGCACUGGGAAGGUGACUUCACUCUGAUCCUUUUGACUAAUAAAGACAUUUGUUUAGAUACUUUAAAAAAAUCUAAAAUGGAUCAAAAUGCUUCUCCAGAGUUGGGCACUAGCUCAGUAUGCAGUGUUUGAUCAGGCUGCCACAUCUCCUAACUCUGCACAUUCCCACAUCCUGCAAAAGUCCUGCAAGAUAAAUAAUGCUUUCUGGUCCUUCCUGUGCCUUGGGAGGCCUCAUCUGAGACCUCUGUCAAGGACUCUUUGCAACCUUUCUGAAACUGGAAGCUUUCACUGAUGGAAAUACCAACAGUGUUCUUGUAUGCUGGCCUCCAAUAUGUGUGAUGUACGUUUAAAUUUGUUAAAUGUUUAAUCUUUCUGGCAAGUAAAUUUUUUUCUGUCUGCUAAGAUUUGCUGUUCUGGUUAGUGUGGAGCUGCCAAAUGGAGGUUUGUAAUGAUCUGGUAGUAACUGGAUGAAUUUGGAGAACUUGUGGAUUUUAAGUGCUGUGAAAUAAAACUGCACACUUUCUUUGUCU